AUGUCUGAAAUGGCCUCGUUGGGGCAAGCUGUUGAGCCACUCGUCGAACGAGUUGCACGUCGUGAUCUCGAAGAUCGAGGAGACGAUCCCGGAAGCCCAAAGAAGAAGCAAAAGUCUGGCGCUCGUCAGGCAAAGAGAGGCCCGGAAGCAGACAUUGAGGAGCUAGACGCCCAAAAGAAGGGCAACGUACAGAAGACUGUUGAUCUUUUCACCGCCAAGAGUUUCAGCACAAGCCCACGUGGUCGGAUUGCGUCCUGGAUUCGCAAUUCACCUGGAGACCAAGCGAGAAGACGGAAGUCAUUGGGGCUUGAGCAAGGGUCACAAAGGUUGCAAGAAUGCAAGCAGCGUCUGCGAACUUCAGUGCGCGCUUACCGUGCACAGAUGGACGCAGGCGCUGAACCGGUGCCAGAUGCCGCCCCAGUCAUAGAUGAAGAGCAAGAGGUCUUUGACGACCUUCCUUCGCUGGUUCGGCUGAUUGACAUCAGCAGGGCCCAUUUUUACGGUCAAGCACAGCGUGAAGUUUUUGCCACCCUCCCCGAAGGUGAUCAGGAAGAAGGCAAGGUAAGACUGUUGUUGAAGAGCGUGUAUGGCACGCGCGAUGCAACAAUCCUAUACAGAAGAAGACCCGCUGCUUGGCCAGCCAUCUCCUUGCGCGAGAAGUUGGAGGCGCGGCUGUUAGUCCACGGUGACGACUUUGUCAUCCUGGGCGACGCAGCGCAGCAGCAUGUCGAAAGGGCAUUACAAGCAGAGUACGAUCUCCGCGUCGACGGAAGCAUAGAUGUUGGAGAAGCCAAACAGGAGUUUUGCAGCCUGAACCGUCUCGUACGCUUCGACGAGCGGACAGGAACCAUCUUCUACGAGCCAGGUCCACGCCAUGCAGAGACAGCAGAAGCAUUGGCGAAUCACCGGAUCAGCCAACGCGAUUCUCUCACAAUGCGCGCAGCGUUCCUAGCUCAGGAGCGCCCCGAUUUGUCGGAGACGGCGAAGCGUUUGGCGAGGAAAAUGCAAG